AUGUCGGACAUUGAAAAUGAAAUGGAUGCGCGGUUUGAGGUAUAGUAAGUUGUACUUCUUAAACGAUCCUUUUUAUUGUUUUUUUAACCAAAUCUAUUCAAUGUUCAGAAAAUCUCCCACAAAUUUAAAUUUUUGAGUGAAUUCAUUUCCUCAAGAACUUCUUUAUUGUUUCCUUUACAAUUGUUUCAUUAGGAGUUGGCAGAAAUUAUACGGAACGAAAGCAAGCCAGGAACUCGAAAGAAUUCAUCAAAACAUAGAAAUGAUAAAGAGGAAAAGUUCAAGGCACGUACUGAAUAGCUUCAGUUUGGACAAACCGAUCAUAACUUUGUAAGAGCAAAAUUUCAAGCCCCAUAACCCCGUAAAUUUUUUGUGUUUGGCCAAGCCGUAUCUUGCACGCUUCAGCAAACGAAACAGUUGAGACAAAAAGAUGCAUGGAAAAUAAAAAGCGUCAAAGCUAGUCUCUCAUUUUCUGAAGCUGUGUUCUCCUUAGAAGCUCAUUGAUUGGUUCUUUUCCUCUGUUCCAACCCUCGUACUCACUUUUUUACGUUGAUAUUUUAAUUUCCAGGAACCAGAAACACUCAAGGAUACAAGACCUGCUGCAGAAAAUAGAAACGAAGCCAACGAAGACAUUGUAAGAUUCAAAUGAAUGAUGUAUUUCUGCAUCACUACAUGUCUAGUAAAGGAUAAAUUUUGCAGUUGGGCUAUUGGGCAUUUUAAGUUGAAAGACAAGGUCAUUGUGUGUUGAAUAGCACUUUGGAAAUGUUUGGCUGACAGAUUCCGACCCACUUUGCUGCGCAACUUUGUAAAAGCCAACCAAAGAAGACAUGGCGUCCAUAAAACAGUCCCAUAGUACAAUACGACAUCACAUGACCCAGUCUCUCCCUCAGCCACCAAACAGCUAAUAAAUAAAAGGUUUCCUUUCCCCCGCUCCUAAUAUAGGGUCUGCUUAGUACAGGUUUGACUUUAUUUCAUUUUCCUUUUUUUUUAUACCACAGGAAAAUAAAACAAGUUAUGAAACCAAGGACGCAGACGAGGUAUGUCAUCGAAUUACUCUGGCUUAUUGUUCGGAUUAAUACUGCGCAUGGCCAAAUAUGUUAUUUUGCGAUGCGAUUAUUUAUUGCGUUCAGUGUCUUUAAUGGAAUUUACAAUGACAGCCUUUUGGCCGCUCAGCUUGAAAAAUUCGCCAGCGUUUUUGUUAGAUUUCUACUAAUUUAAACAAAACAUCUGUUAUAGCUAAAUGCGAUGGACCUUAAUCGCUUGUCACCUUUGUGGAAUUCUUCAUGGCUCGAGAGAAUAUCCUACGUUAAUGAUAAAAAAUUAUCUGUUUUUUAGAAAACAGCAGACUCUUCGAAUGACGACCCUCCAAGCCAAAAAAAAAUGACAGAGGAAGAAAAUGAAAAAGUAAGUAUGCCGUUUGAUGGAGGCGAAAACACUUACUUGAGCUUGGUGGUAGUUUCUUGGUGUUGGGGACAGAGGCGGAUCCAGGAUUUUUCUUAGGAGGGGGUGCACCACUAACUAACUGAUGACGUAGAAAAUUUUAAAAGCGAACACGAAGAAGAGGGCUUUUGACUAGGAAAUAACAUAAUGUGAACUGCUGAGAAUACAUAUUUAACGAUACAGCAGAGUUUGUAUGACUGUGAAGCGACUGCACAGUGCUAAUUAAUUACAAAGCUGCAGGUCAUCCCGGGAGGGGGUGCGCACCCCCUGCACCCUCCCCCUAGAUCCGCCCCUGGGGGAUGGUGCAAACCAAAUGCUAUCGUAAAAAAAGAUCGAAAAGAGACUGACCCAACCAAAAAAAAAAGACAAAACCUAGCCAACAACGUCUUUCGCAACACCCCAACUUGGCCAAGUCAUUAGUUUGUGACAGAGUCCUAAAUGGACUGUAUUUCUUUGUAGAAUUCGUUCCUCAGCAAGUAUUUGAGUGAAAGUGAAUCAGAAGACGAGGAAAUACUGCAAGAACCUGAGAAAAAGAAAAAUGAAAAGCAAGCAGAAAGGUACAACCGACUUCCGGAGUAGAAACUCAGAUAAAACUGGUACCGUUAGAAAUAACUCCUUUCACAAUAGAUAUCUCAUAAAGCUGCCUAAGUAUUUUAAGAAACAAAACAUUUGACAUCUUUACCUAUAUUUGCCUAAGCACUGGAAGUUAGCUUUAGCUCAAUUUGCUUAUUUGUCACUGGCGUGGUUUGAAACACCUUAGAAUACUCAAAAUCGCUUUGUGCAAAUAGAAGCGUCCUGAGAGUCGAGGCACGAGCCAGGAGGCAAUUAAGGGAAGUUGGGAAAGUUGUUGGCAAGAUAUGUCGGUGAGGUCUUCGAAUCCUGACCUUUUCUAACAAAAAAGCUGUUCAUUUCACUAUACUCAGCGGUAUUCUGUUUAAGACAUAAGAGGCCUCACCAAAUGUCGAACAUUUCAUGAGACGAACCAAACUUAUAAUAGUUAAGUUAAGUUCGUCUGAACGAGUUUGGAUCGUCUAACACGUUCUAUCCGUCUGCUUCAGACCAAGAUAGGACGCACCCUGAGGACGUCUGAACAUCGUCUCCAGGACAAACAUCGAUGUUUACAUGCGACUAACUAAACUAGUAAAUUUAAAAAAUUGUAUAUUUAGCCUCGUGGGGUUUGGGAGAAAAUACUAAAAAAAAAAACUGCUUGUUUACCCACGAAGCACAUAGGAGUGCAUAUGAACUCGUUUAAAGGUGUCCGUGCGUUCCAGAUCGAAUUGGAAUUUAGAAAUGUUGGUUUUGGAGGAGAGGGGGAAACAGGAUUACCGGAGAAAACCUCUCGGAGCAAUGGAGAGAACCAACAACAAACUCAACCCACAUAUGGCGUCGACGGCGGGAGUUGAACCCAGGCCACAUUGGUGGGAGGCGAGCGCUCUCACCACUGCGCCGCCCUUGCUCCCCGCCGUCUGACCCAGCAAACGAUCUUAACUUAAUUUAGGUCGACCCAAAUUAGACCAGACUUUUUUUGACGCGAUUCAUUUCAUUUCAAAUACCUUGGUCAAGGCCGCCAGUCCACAAAGAUACCCUGUUCAAGACGCUAAAUAGUGAAAUUAUGCACCCUGUAUACGACUGGCGACCCCUUUAACAACACUUUCAGGGAUCACAUACAUGUUUAGGCCAAACAUGCAAGACCAUGUGAUGCAAACAAGCGUAUUAAGAGUAUAGAGCGUUUUUACUCACCUGGCCAGCAUCUAUGCAAAUUCAUUGGAACAAAGGAAAGCGUUUACAUAAGAAAAGAGUUCAUCUCCCACAGGAUUGGUUUCGAAAACCAACGUGGACGCCAUUCCACUGUUUUGGACCACCAAUAUGGUCGCCGUGACGUCAUGUGGAUUAAAUUUGUCUCCAUCAACUUUUUUUCUUGUUUUAGCAGGAAGCCUGAUAAAAAGAAAGUAAAAAAGAAAACUAAGAACUCAAAACCACCAACUCAACGAAAGCCUUCUCAAAGGUGGAAAAACUUAAGACUUGUUGUUGGAGAUGACAGGUAUGAACACUUUUAAAGAUAAUUCCAAAUUGUCAGAUUUAGCCUUGCCCGCGUAGGCCUGUACUUCCAGACCCUGAUACAAUGAAAGAGACUGAUCAAUAAAGUACCGUAUAACAUUAGUACUGGUAACCUGUUAUACACUAUUGCAGUGAAGAUGAGGAGAAACAAGUCAUAAAACCUCCACUUAAAGUAAAGCCAACUCGCAAGGAAAGGUAACGUGCGUGCUUUGUCGAAAGGUUUACAAAGAAAUUGGGCAUAUUAGUCUGUUCAUAACCUUUUAUUUGCUCUUAACAGAUCGGCAAGCUAGUGUUCCAAAAUAAACACCAUGGAGGCGGAAGAGGGUAGAUGGGGGAGGGGGGGUACGCUGGUGACCUCUAGGGGAUAGGUUAACAUAGUAUCUAAAACUGCAUGUUUAAGUCAAAAUAACCGCCAUCUACAUGAUUCUUCAGUAAAACCCUCAGAUCCAUACAGUGAAAAGUUCAAGAAGUGAUAUAUCAAUAAAAGUUGAGUUGAUUUUAAUUACAGGCUGAACCCACGGUAUGUUUAACCGCACAUUCAAUAUUCUAACUGCUCUGAUGAUAUUGUUGCGUUUUACAUAUAGUCAAAAUAACAGGCAAAACCUACACAGACGGUCAACAGUCUCCAGAAUUCCAACCGCUCAGGCAGAGAGCUCGACAGAGAGCGAGGAGGAAGAUGACCGAGUGCUAGACGGCAAAGUGGUGAGCCAGCUAUAGAUAAGACCAGCAUUAAUCACUUUUCGGUGGAGCUUACUUACGUGCGCUCGAGCGUAGCCUUUAAAGUAAAAAGAUAUCUUCAAUCGGCUAAUUUCUAAUAGCAUAGACUAAUCGAGGUAAUAUGGUUAUCUAUCCCUUCGACAAAUAUUGGGAGUCACGUGACUGUACGUCCGCCCGCCCGCCAAAGUUUGUCGUUUGAAGUCUAUUAUAAAUCAAUCAACGGGCGCUUCACUUUCAACUUUAAGUAUAGUACUUGCCUCGAAUUUUAAGACUGCUAUUUGCCAUUGGAAAGGCAAUAGGUAUAUACAUAUAUGAGAAUAUUAUUGAGACCUAUUACAAAUAAAAAUUUUUUAAAGAAGUGUUGUAUAUAGAAAAAUGUAUUAGGGUGCACUUGACUUAGUAAGGCGCUCAGGUACAAAACAUGAGUUAAAAGAAGAAUGGGUGCGCAAAGAGUUGAAUGAAAUCUAACAAGGUCAGACCGACGUUGCCAAUUCCUUUUGGGCCUUUUGGCGAAAACUGCUCAAAAGAAAACGUAACAUGGAUAAGUGAUGAUUACUUCCUUGGAGUGAACUGAUGAUUUUAUUUCUGGUUUAUGCAGAGUGUCGCUGACCUUCCUUCGGAGUACUGGCAAAUACAAAGGCUCAUCAAGUUUUUGAAGGUGAGAGUCUCGGUUGAAACAAUGAAUACGGGAACUGAUUGACAACUAGAAGCAAGAAAAGCCACAAACAGGGGAAAACAGUACGGCAUAAUGGCGUGAAAGUGGCGCGUGAAGAAAGACUGCUGGCUUCUUCAUGGUCGUACGGAUGUUGGAGACGAGUGCUGAGCGAAAGGGUCAUGGGAAGGCAAAAUUCCCCUCUUCGGAUCCCUCCCUUCGCUCUCGCUUUCCUGAAUAGAUGACUAAAUAUCCCCGGAUAAGCGAUCUACUGGGAAUAAAGCAGUGGCAAGAGUAACUCGAAAGCCCCACUCAAUUUAAAUCUGUUUAAAUCCUGUUUUUCUAGAUUGGUAACCAAGUCGCCACGGUGAUUACACUGUGUUCUCUGACUGACUUUAACUUAACUCAGGAGAUGACACAGAUGGCCAUAAGAGAUGUUAAUGGACUAGCAGUUCUUGUCAAUAUUCUUAGAACUGAUCACAUUAAUUGCCAGGUAAAGAAAGAGGGACUUCCUCGAACAGGCUUCAAGGUGGGGCUCCUCCCGAAGAGGUUUUCACUCAAGCACUUUGGGAAGGGGGGGGGGGGGGGGGAAUACACGAGAUGAGGUAUAGACAAGGGCAAAAAAACCCCUCCCAUUUAGGCAUUCAAUGAGGACCUUUCAAGGUGUCUGGAAUAACCCCCCCACCCCCUAAACGCUGAUCAGUUCAGGCUAGUUUCUCAACGCUUUCUCAGGGCAGAAAAGGUAUACAACAUUGUCAAGCUGUAGGAAAAAGAAAAGAUUACCACUUCUGUGGAAGGGAUAUAAAAGGGCUAACGUCAGGAGAAAUUGUUAUAUAGAGAAGUGUGGACAGUGGCCUUUGAUGGAGUACAUCCGCGCAACAAUUUGCUGUCUACCCCGCCGCGCCCCUUCCCCCGAUGACCAGAUACUUCCAUGGUUUGCUUGGUUAUGUCUCCCUACAUUUUAGUAAUAUAACCAUCAUUCAUAUAAUACCUAUACCCCGCCCCCCCCCCCUGAUGACCGGAUACUUCCAUCGUUUGCUUGGUUAUGUCUCCCUACAUUUUACUAAUAUAACCUAGUAUCAUCUAUCAUCUAUAUAAUAAAAAAAUAUCUGUGCUGAGACUUUACAGGUAAGUAGUUAAUGCUUAUUUCCUCUUAUCAAAGUCCCGGCAGACUGUUUUAAAGACAUCGCGAUUGUCAAUAAGCACGUAGUCCACAGUGGAGGUCGAGAAUAAAACAACUGAGUGUUUAUUAGGGUCUAAUUCAGCUCUUUUGUUUUUGCUCAAUAGAUUGGUGCGUUAAAGGUUCUUCGACAGUUAACAUUAAACAGUAAAUACAACAGGCGAGCAGUAAUUAACAUAGGAGGUAAUUAUAAUUUACAGUCUCGGUCUUGAUAUUUCCCUUCCUGCCUCCAAUUUCCCUCCCAUAAUUUCAUACCUUCCUUCAGGGACGAGAUUGAUCCUUCCCGUCCUUUCUUCCUUUAAUUUUCCUCCCUUUCUCCUUUUCUUCUUCUUCAGUCCUUUCCUUUUCCAAAACUGUCUUCCUUUUUUCUCAGCCCCUUUCGUGUUUAUUUUUCCAUCCUUCCCUUCAUUCACUUUCAUCUUUCCUUAAAUUUCCCUUCUUCCUACCCGUUCUCCCAUAUCCCGCAGUUUUCCUUAUACUGUCGAACCUCCCGUAAGUGACCGCCCAAAAUGCAAAGACUUGGUGGUCGUUUACCGGAGGUGGUCGCUUACAAGAAUCGAACCACGGGGAGCCUCUUCUGAGAAGAGGUCCGGGUACAUCAAUUUUAUGGAAGAUAAUUUAUUGCAUGCAAUUUGUAAGUUACGCCAUGUGUAGUUCCAUUUUGUUACUAAAAUUCUUCGUAUAUUCAAAGUAGCACAGAGCGCACAGCGAACAUAGAGAUCAGAGAAUACGUCAAUUUGUCGCUUACAAGAGGUUAAAAACCAUAGGAAAUCAUUAACCUUUCAGGCCCAAAAAGUGGUCGCGGUCGUUUACAGAAGGUGGUCGUUUACUAGAAGUUCAACUGUAAGGCUUUUACAGGGAAAGUUUCGGUGUUUUGGAUAGGCGGUCGCUUAUGGUAGGUGGUCGCUUACUAGAAGUGGUAGCACAUGGAGGUUCGACUGCAUUCUUCUCCUCCGCUCCACACUCCUUCCUUCCUUCCUUUUAUUGCAUGCCGUAGUAUAAUAUCUAAUUCGAAUUUCAUCACUUUUAAGUUGUCCAGAUUUUGAUUGAUCUCAUCGACGAUGCUCGUGCACAGGGAGUCCAAGGUUUAGCUGCAGCUAAUCUGUCGAACAUGGCCAAGUCGAGUUUGGGACGAAACAUUCUAAAGCGACAUGACGGGAUACAAAAACUCGUGAGUAUUCGAGGAUAUGGGAAACCUUUUGCCAGAAAUUUUCCUAACGGAAGGUUUUAAAAAGAUUUAUGUUAUCUUUUACACACGCGUUUAUUCUUCCCGACCGAGUCUUCCGAGGGCUGUCCAAUAUACCCCUCCUGUAAUAAAGGUCCGUAUAAAACAUGUUGCGAUCCAUGCUCGUAUGGACCGAGAAAUUCUGUUAGAGCGUGCUUUUUGUGCUUUAUUGGUUAUAGAACAAGGAAUAUUACAUUUGGAACGUGCUUCGUUCGCUUUAUAUAACGAGGAAUUUACGAUCCGUAUCAAUCAAGCACUCUAUAUAGACCGCACGAACCGUAACAAAUUGUGCCCUGAUGUAAUGAUGCAUGGGAUGCACGCUUCGCAGGUGCUCAGAAUAUGGACUGGUAGCAAUGCUGAGAGUUUGUACAAAGCGUACGAUCCGUGGUCAACGCGGCUUUUAACGGUCCAUGACAGUGCGGCAGUACAGUAUUAGACAUGACUGGAGUAUUCAACAGCUUCAGUAGAUUUUGCUUAGGGCCCCUUACACACAUGUAACCGAUGAAUUUUCAUCAGCACCCUGUUUCUGUUUCUUUCUUUCUUUUUUUGUUGUAGGUGGAUUUACUAAACUACGAAGAUGGAAAGGGACGCCGCCCAGACAACCAGUCACCAGGCCAAGACGGGGCAAAACUAGAAGUUGCGCGUAAUGCCGCGCUUGCGCUGUGGAGUUGCAGUAAGAGCACGCGCAGUAGGUAUGUGACGUAACUAGCCAUUACCAUUUUUGGGUAUCAGUUUGGUGCGUUGUGAUUGGUUUAGGCCAAAACCAAAACGAAGUAAAUCUGGUCGAGCGAUACUGAGUGUUGCACUUUAAGUUCGUCAGUAUCUUCUAUCACACUACCAGUAGUCGAUCAUUUUAGCGACACCCACAACGACAUAGCGCCGAUAAUAUUUAGCAAUUGUCUUCCUUUCAGUUCCGGUGACAUUUUGUCUGACAUCGCCGUCGUGGUUUCAUAGCAUUCUCUUUACUAUUUUCGCACGACAACGAGUGAUUAAACCGGAGAGACAAAAGCCGAUUAUCCUUGUUAUUCUAACUGCAAUCAGUAGCCCUUAUCUUUACCGAGACUGCGGCAAGCAUCUUAUUUUUAUUUUGAGUCACAGUAGAUCGAGAGCACGCGUCAGGGCAAGCCGCAAAGCAGCGAGGAACGAAGGCAGAAGCCCAUCCAUAAUUUUACUUUUUCACUCGGCACGCUUGGCUCUGAAGAAAGAGUGGCGACCGCUCGCGAUCACCCAAACUGUUAGGCUCGAUUACCAGCCGCUGUUCGGGAAAAUGAGCCCGCACUCAUCCCCCGAAAUUAUAUUUGACGGAGGAACAUUGAAUACACUGGAAAUUCUGUCUGGUAAAUCAGAAACUCUUCCAUUUAAUUUGGUCCGCGUCCAAGAAUCAGUCAGUUCGGAUCCACAAGAGACGCAACUAAUAGAAAAUUAACUCCAUGUCGCCGUGUACAGAAAUGUACCGAAGAAUAUUUUUCGCAAUGUAUGGAAAUGUACCGAAACAGCGAUUUCGAAAGUCAUUUGGGUGAGUAAGGGAGCGCUUGAUGCAAUUUGGAGCCAAAUAAACAAGAAAUUCACUUCCAGUGACAUCGGAGACACCUAAAUUAUCAAUGUUCCAAUUGCGUCACAGACAAGGUCAACGGGUCAUGCGUCCAGCCCUCUCUCUUCGGGGAGGAUCAAAGACCGGACCCGGGAGACGGCCGAAAUCGAGCCUACCAAACUGUCUAAGAUGCACAAUGUAGAAAUGUAUUGUACUCUUAUAUGAAGAUCUCGAAUUGCUUCUGAUAUAGGUCAGCAAUUUACAAGGCUGGCAGCGUGCCUUUACUCGCUAAACUCAUCAAGCUGGACAAAGAGGAAUUUCUUAUUCCCAUAGUAGGCCUAGCACAAGAGUGCGCUGUGGAGGUAAAUUAAGUAAAUGCACUGUGGAGUAGUUCCAAGACAGCCCUGUCUGAAAGUUUGGUGUUUCGCUGGGUUAAAUGCUUAAGUCUGACACAAAGAAAAACUUCCUGCUGUUAUUUUUCACGCCAGGGAGGUCAGCGUUAAUUGUUCUCGUUUCUAGCUUUGGCUUCCUUUAGAUAUCAUGUGACCCGAGUUAGUAAAGGCAGAUAUAUAACAAUUUAACACGUAUUUCUUCAAAUACCCUACUUGCAUACGCAGUUACUUAGAAAUGGCAUCGUAUUGUUAAAAAAAACAUAGUAUAUAAGGAAGCAGAUGACGAUAAAAAGCCAAGUGGGCGUGGUGAGGCGGGGGGAUUGAUACCCGAGCUACAUUGUAUCACUCGCUCUUUUUCUUCUAUAGUCUCGUUUCAGGGAAGCUUUUUACAAGGAGAAUAUAAUAACAGCUAUUGUUCGUCGGCUGCAAACAGAUAAUGAAGAGCUCCAAGGUUACUGUGCCAAUGCAAUAUUUAAGGUGAGUUGGUGACCACUACAUUGACUGAGUCAGGUUUGCCCACUACUCUCCCCUCCCCUCCCCUAUAACAAUAGUGAUAUAGUGAUUCUAAACGAGAAAAUUGCCCCAACACUUUUUCGGCCAUGUGGAAGACUCACUGGAGAUUUUCCUACACUAUUUUAGAAUUAUUUUUCGUGCUCAAUUCAUAUAUUCUCAUGACUUUUUUCUUAAGUAACCAAUCAUAUCAUAGAGGGAUAUUAGAUGCUGAUCACGACAAAUCACGACUAGGGCUCAAAGGGUUGCAAGAAGAUAAUGUUAGGCCCGUGUCGAUAAUUUUCCCGCCUUUUUAUGGCAGUGUGCAGAGGACGAAGGCACGAGGAAAGCUGUGUAUGACUGCGCAGGACUGGACACACUCGUUUCACUCCUCUCCCGCCAAGAUAACAAGAAGCUGUUGGCCGCAGUGACAGGAGCUAUUUGGAAAUGUGCAAUAAGUGAAUACAACGUAAAAAGGUAUUGAUGCUGUACUGAUACACUGGAAGGGGCCAAGCGAGAACAAAAGGGCGCAUAUUAUUGAGGACUUGAACUGGUGUUUUCUCACGUUAAGCGGGCCUUCGAGAAUAGCAUGUCUACAGGCAAAACGACUUAUUUAUGUCAGAACUUGAAUUAGUAAACCGAAUUCCACUAGAGAGGUAACCAGAUGUCUGCCUUCAUUCUCUUAUUCUCUUGCAGUGGAUCCAUUACCGCGCUUAAACGGAAAAAAUUAAUAUCAUUACAAUAGUUUAGAUAAGAUUUAACUUUCAGAGCACCAAGUGUAAAUUUGGCUAGAGCUGAAUUUCAAAGAAAUGCAAAGUCUUCGUCACCACCCGCUUGCUGGAGGAAAUAAGUUGAUUUUGGGCGGUUCUCAUGUUCCGUCCAGGUGGGACGGAUGUACCUGUAGGAACCCACUUUUUCUUUCCUUUCUCUUAUUCUCUUUCGUUUUCAUUUCCAUGUUCAGUAUUUCGCUUAUUUAUGCGUAGUCUUGAACGUUAUUUCAUAAGCUGAAGACUAACCGUUAUUCUCUCACUCAGACUGAUGGAAGUCAACGUUGUGGAGACACUUGUUAAACUUCUUCAAGCAGAAGAAGAAACAGAGGAACUUCCGGAACAGGUUAGUUGCGCAGAUUGUCCAAAGUCACUCUUAACUACCUUGACUCUAAUGUUAACAAAAUAGAAAUUCAAAACGUAAUUACCUUCUUAUUCUUAAAAGCUUUCAAACGAUAUAUUGUAAGAUGAUGCUACAGAAAAGUCAUACUCCCUUUUAAACUUGUUUUUUGAUUUAACUAUCGUGCGCUGUACCUGCACAAUCUCCAGUUUUAACCAGAAAUCCUUGGCAUGGUUUGCAUCUCCCCUAGACUUCCGCUAUGUUCAUUGCCUCCUAUGACCUGUAUCUCCUAUUGUUAUGGGGGUUAGAAGUAUUGCACUGCUUCCUAAUCUAUCAUUUGGUAAAACUAGCGAUAACACUUGUAAGUUGUAAUAGUUUACUCGUUCCCUUCUCAUACGCGCCAUUUGACUUUUAAUCGUUCUCAUAACCCGAUUAAGGUUCAACUUCAUAUUGUCGGGGCCAUCGCUGAACUUGCCAAAGAUCCCAGAGCUCCACUGGAAAUGUUACGAUGCAAAGGUUGCAGGACUUUAGUUGACAUUCUCAACAUACCAAAUGAGGAACUCACCAGUGCAGCGGCAAGAGCUAUUGCCGCAUGCGCGGUAGAAGUUGGCUGUCGAUCGUAAGUGGCGAUGGUGCUAUUCGUAUUUGUUUCAGUAAAAUUAUUUCUUGGUGUUAUCUUUUUAAAAGGAUGAUGUUGUAUUGUUCAGGCCCUGAUCUAUGGUUUCACCGUUCCACAGAAAAGACUCAGAUAAAUUUUCAAUCUUUGGAAAUAAAAAUUUCUAUAUAAUAGCCCAAGCACUCAAACUCUUGGGUUACAAUCGAUUCAAAGAAAGUUACCAAUUUUUUGGAAAUUAGCCUUUUUCCAUGGAAAAUAGUCACAUUUACAAAAUGUAGCACGAAACAGGUUUGUUAAGUAAAACAAAAGCAAUUUCCAUGUUUAAUGUUACAUCGCACAGCUUUUAAACUUACAAGUGUCUUUUGAUCUGGACUAGCUCAGUUACAUCUAAGUAUACUUUAUUUCAGAGUAUACAAUAGAUUGGAAGGACUAAGACUUCUGUGGUCCCUAAUGAAGUCAAGAAACAACAAGGCGAGUAGUAUAUAUUGACGAUAUAUAUUGACGAUAUAUUGUGCUAAAAUGACAUUAAGUUACUUUUCGCAAACGGUCACAUAGUGCUGAUUUGUCAGGUCAGUCCCUUUAAUACUAGUAGAUUAUUACAGCAGUUUAAAGAAAACUAAAGGUUUUGCUUGAUGCUGCUGGUUUUUCAGGUAGUUUCCGUUGCAGCGUGGGCAGUGUACAGACUAAUGCAGGACACACCGGUACGGUAUACAUGAAAUUCGAAACAUAUGCACAGAUGUGAUUAUUGCAUAGUGCGCGAUUUUGCCCAAGAAACUAUUUUGACUUGCAUUUAAACCUUGUUAUAAUGCGAUUAGACUUAACAAGAAAGUUUUAUCUUGGAAAUGCAAUCGUCCAAAAAAUUAAAUCGAGGAGAGUUUCAGAGUUUCCGGUUCAUUAGCUACGUGAGGUCGCGUGCGGAAACGUUUACUUAAACACAACGUUCAUUUACAUCCCUUCUCGCUUACAUCAGGGUUAAAUGGAUUUCUGUAAUGAGAUCAAAUUCAAAUUUAUCUGUAGGAGGCCUGGGAAACAGCCCGAUCUUUUGUUGGAGGACUAGAUCUGAGUGUUCGUCUGCUUAAGUCACAUGACUUGGAGGUAAGUUGCAACUGUUCACUGAAAAAAGUUGCUAAACUGAAGACAACUAAGAGAACUGAAGUGGUUAUCCCUGCAUCCUUCCAUUAAAUUCGUCAUUGUAUUCGAAUAGAAACCAUUACAGCCACUGAAAUAAUUUGCUUCUGCUACCAUUUUACGUUGCGCAUCGAGAAGGUACUAUAUAUCUUUUCAACUAUUUCAGGUUCUUACAAGCGCAUGCGCAGUGAUAUCUAUCGUGGCCUGUGAUCGAGAGAACCUUGGCGUCAUCACAGAUUAUGGCGUUGUUCCUCACUUGGCUCAUCUUACGCAUAUGGUAAGAAGAUAAUCCGCUGUACUAAUUUAAAACUGCUGGAGCAGCAUAUUCUUAGAGAUAAAUAAAGGGUUUGUUUACUUUUAGCGAUUAGUAUGGUUUUAAUCAUCAAUAGACUUACAUCAGCAUUAAGAUUUCAUCGUUGGCAUUUCAUACUUCACAUAAUUAUCACCACCAUUAUCAUCGUCAUCGUUAUCGUCAUAAUCAUAACCCCUAUACCAUCAGUACCUCUCCUUUACCAUCGCCAAUCGCCAUAACUAUAAGCUUUAAAAGCUGAAAAAGCUGUAGUCAUUACUAGUUGUCGUCGUUUUCGUAAUUGUUCUUAUUGUUGUUGCGUCAUCAGGGAUUUCGACACCCUCAUUAUAUACUCCCGGCUACUGUCAGGAGCCCAUAACCCGGAGCGUGCGACUCCCAUGUCACGGCGUGUUUACGGACCAGUAUAUAUUUAGACACAUUUUAGGGUACUGUUUCCCGCGAAAAUAGAAUCUCUACCAUGUCUAUGGGCGCAUUGGAAGCAUAUCAAAAAAGAUAUCAAAAAGGAAAACGGAACGUUAUUAAAAGGCAAAAAUACAUUAAUAAGGUUUGUAGGUUUUGCUGAAUAGUGUAUGGAGUUUAAAAAAUGUUCAAAAUCUGCACCAAAACCGUUCUAAAAAUAAACUGGUCCGAGAAAACGCUGUGACACAAGCGCAAGGAAGUUGUUCACUCCUUGUUAUGGGUUCCUGCUACUGUAUAUUCCUGAAAGCUAUGUUAUCGGCUAUAGUACAUGUAUGCGAAGAUUGUUUGCCCAGAAAUGCAAGGUUUCUAAUGAUUUUCUGUAUAGCGUGCACAUGCAAUGAUCGUUUUCACUUGAACGCGUGACAUCAAUAACAUUUCUAUCAUCAGAGUCCUUUUUGUUUCAUUUUUUUAGACUGACAUACGUCUAAGGCGUCACUUGGCUGAAGCUAUCGCUAUGUGCAGCAAAUGGGGCAACAAUGCCAAGCGCUUCUGUGAUGAAGGUGCUGUCAAGCCUAUGGUAGAGUACCUGGGAUCACAUGACAUCAUUGUGCAGCGGUCAGCAAUGCGGGCUCUUGAACAACUAGGCAAGAAUCCGGAAAGCUGUAUCAUAAUGCACCGGAGUGGAGUCGUCAAGGUAACGAGCCUCUUUCGAAAGUAUCAUGACUUUUCCCUUGCUGAAUCAAUAUUUACAAAGCACAUGCUUUCUCUGACCGCUACGGCUUAAGGCAAAGCAAAGGUCUAAAAAGGGUCCAGACAGAUUUGAACACGGGUAGUAAAAGGCGCAACACAGCUUUUAAACUCGUUUUAUAAACCAAGUUGAACGUUUCUGUUGCCCUUUUUGCUGUAGCGUUACCAAGACCAAUUGCAUGAUCCUGUUUUGAUUUGCAGCUCUUGUUGGAGAUGGUUGGUUCUGAUGAUGCUGGACUACAGGAGGCUGCAGCUGGAUGUUUGUUAAACAUGCGACAGCUAGCAAUGGCCAACGAACGAGCGAGACAAGAGAAGGAAUCCCGGAACAGUGACUCGGAAGCUAACUGAUAUUCUUUAGCAACAAAAACAAUUAGCUAUAGUGGAUUUGAGUGUCUUAAAAUUUGAUUCGCCCGAGGAUUACUUGAGUUAUCAAAAAUCAUUUGCACUUAAACCGUGACAAGACCUUUUUGGAAUAAUGUCACAGGUUUCCCGGUUUCAGUUGAUUUGAUGGAAGCCUCUGGCGUUUUAGAAACAAAUAAAUGUUUAGGUCUUAACAAGGAAAGAAGGAGAUAUUUUAUUUAGUCAUUGUCUACCCUUGGCUAGGUUUUGUAUAUAUCUGUAGUUGCAAACACAACAAUUUAGAACUAUCUGUUGCAGAAUAU